GAACGCAACCAUUCAUCGAUCACUUUGCGCUCGCUCAACGCUUGCAGAACCGCUGCGUUUUCUGAACGCAGUCCAAGCUCUCGCGCUCUCUCUCUCUCUCUCUUUCUUCGGGCUAUCUGUCAUCUGACAUACUACGCAUCGUACUUACACGAAGGUGGGGGUGGUUAGCGCAGUGAACAACAGACGAAGAGAAGUAGCAGUAACUGGCAGUCACCAAGAGGUUUCGUAGCGGAUUCCGAGCUCCAGCAGUCGAUCGAAGAGUCGUGUUCCUAAGGAAUAAAGGUGUCGUAUAAGAGCCUUUUCCCGAGCCUUCAUCCACCUUCCACCGGCUCGACUGGAUCGAUACGCCGAUCUAGCUUGGUCCAACUAUGUGCUCCUUUCGGCCGUCUGUGUUUACGGUCAUCAUUCACGUCGGCUGACAGCUGUCAAUCCCUCAUUCGGGUCGCCAGUGAGUCACCGGAUCGGCAGCCGAGGGCCUCUUCAGGUGAUUCCACGAUCGAUGACGAGUCCUGAACAGUAGCCUAAAACGAGCAAACUUUAAAAGCCGCACGGGACGAUCAUCAUCCCCAUAGGUAUCGCACGUCACAACCUACCUACUCUUUGUUCAGAUGUCCAGGUAUUUUUUCGAUAUCGCCGGUAUGGCGUCCAGCUCUGUCAGUCAGGAAGACUUUGACAAUGACUUUGAAUUGACAUCCAGGCGAUCUAGGAUCAGGACCGCUAGAGCCAGAGUGGGUCCACCUAGAACAGAUGUGUCUUCCAUAAGCUUUCAAAAGAAUACACCCGAUGUGGAAGAAUCGCAAGGUGCUUAUGACACAAGUUCCAACCCCAUACUUCUAUCUGAGCAUGACAACUUGCAGAGCAAAUCUAUAAUAAGGAAGCAGGAUAAGCGUGUAACUGGCCGUGUUUUUAGUGUCGUAUCCUGUUUGCACAGGCCAACACAUAUAAACAAGGGGAAGCAGCAACGCGAUCGUCGGAAACUACGAGAAAAACGACGUAGCACAGGAGUCGUACAUUUACCGUCGACAGAGAGCACCGGUGGUAGUACGGGAGAAGAUGAGGAGGAACUUACUGGCACUUGCCUUGAAACUAAGCACAACACACAUCACAAUGAAUUUCUUGAUCAUGAAUUGAUAGAAGAUCGGACUGCCAGAAUGUACACUCAAAGGCGAAACAAAAGGCACUACCGUACUUCAUACAGGUCAUGUUUAGUUAGGCACAGUUGUCAUUCGGAUUUGGAAGCCGACGACGAGGAAUUUGAUUCUCUCAAUCAAUCCGAUAGCAUUAAUCAAUCGGACCAUGGCAAUCACGAGCCGCAGACGUCUGUUAAUGCAACUGGCAGACCGAGAUUGCCAACACCAACCGGCGACAAUCCGCAUGAACUGAUCGAACGAGCGCAAGAGGAGAACAGGAGGCUGUUGUCCCUUUUGGAGGACCGGGACCAUAAAAUUAUGGCACUCGAGGCUCGUCUCUUGAAGCAACAACACGAAAUGGCCGUAGAACGAGAACGGCUUCGCGAAGAAAACGCUACGUUGAUUCGCGCGAUGGCGGCAUUAGCCAGCAAUUAAUCCUCUUGGAAUAAUAAAAAUCAUGCCUUCAUGGCUCUUUGCUCUUUACGAUAAUCGCCGAGCUACAGGAUGAGCCGUAAGUCGCGCACCGCGCUGAUUAUUUCGAUUGAUUAUCAUGUAUAUUUUGUUUCAUUCAUUUUUUCUAUCUCUCGCAUCUCUCUGUCGUAGCAAGAACAAUUUAUUUAUCUCUUUUCGUUGUAAUCUAAUAUAAUAUUUUUGCAUCGUAUCUCUCCCAAGUUUUCGAUCAUUAGGAAAUUUGCAAUCAUUACAGGGUGAACGACUGAAAAUCGCUUAUUGCGUUAACUAUUUUAAUCGUUGUUGAUAUUGUGAUAUAUACAUAUUUUUUAUGUAGUAUAUAUAUAUAAUGCAAAAUGAUCAAAGAACAAUCUACUUUUUCUAUUAAGUGAUUAAAUUAGUAGAGAAUCUUUUUUCGUUAUAUGUAUUAUAUCGAUUCUUUGAAAAUUUAUCAAGUCAACUAUAAAGCACAAAUAUUGCGCGUUGCACUAAAUAUCUUAACUGCUUUUGUGAUAUCUGUAUAUUUUUUUCUUGCUCAAUACAUAUAAUGCAGACUGCUUCAAGAAUAAUUUUAUUCGUUCUCUGUCAAAGUUGUUUUUUCUUUGCUUUCGCAACUUUGGUCUUGCAUCUGCAAUUUAUUGAUUUUUAGUUUUCUUAACGAAAGAUAAAAAUUGAAUAAUAUAUCACAAAAGUUUUUUCUGUGCUAUAUAUUUUUUUUUAUGUCGGCAACUAUAGAGCUAUACAGAAUAAAGUUGCGCACGAUAUUGAUAAUAUAUUUUUACUUUCUUUUUUAUGAAAUUGAAAGGCUGAAAACUUAAUAGAGACUAUAUAAACGAAUUAGUUUGUAAAAGUUAAAAAUUUAAGUUGAUAUAAGCCUGUUAAGCUUAAAUAUUUAGUUCAAUAAACUAAAAGGGUAUUUUCACAUUGCACUCGUAGUAAUUAAUUUUUCUAUAUCCCUCCGAUGCAUGAUUUAUGGAUCAUCCUAGGCAAUAAGGAAGAUACUUAGGUAAGAAUACACCUAACUUUUAGUGCGUAACGCAGAUUGAAUCUAUUACAAAUAAAUAGAUAAUUCUCUAAUCACAGUGCCGGCUAUAUACGGAAUCGUAUAAAAUGUACGAUUUUACAAUCUGCAACGCGAGCUACAUUUUGUAAAAAGCAAUAGUAAUCCUCUUGUAAAAAUAUUGUUAAUGAUAUAACGAUCAUUGCUUGCAGAGCUUCAGUUGCAGGCACACAGGUCGCAUGUUAUAAAUAUGUAUUUGCUAUUUCUAUUGCCGAUUAAUUGCCAUUAUUUGUUUCAAUGCGUUCUCUCAGAACUAUAUAUAUAUAUAUAUAUAUAUAUAUAAAAGCAAGAGAAACCAUGCAAAAGGGCCGAUUACGACAUAAGCGACUUAAUUCAUUUUCUAAUGUAAUAUAAGAAUGAAACUAUCUACGUAAGUUUUAUACUUGCAACACAUGAUGUAAGAUUAUGAAUUAUUUUAUUAUUUUAUUACUAUUAUAUUAUUAGUAAUAUUAUUAUUAUUAUACGCGAUCCGUACAAAAUUCUAUGUACAUACGAAGAUGAUUCUGUAAUGAUUAAUUAUAAUGCAUUUAAUUAGGAAACUUCUGCGGCAAGUGUGUAUGUAAUAUGUGAAACGAUAUAACGAGAAUAUGUAAAAUUGUUUGAAGAAAAACUUUUAUUGCCAAGCUUUGGUGAUUUGUAUCGUACUUUAUCCCUCGUUAUCCAUGUACGUAAAUGUUUUAUAGUCACGUAUAUAAAGAUUAAACGAAAA